AUGAGGGGGGUGAUGAGGUUUGGAAAGAAGGGAAAGUUAAGUCCAAGGUUUAUAGGCACUUUUGAUAUUUUAGAGAGAGUUGGGGUCGUGGCUUAUAGAAUUGCUCUACCACCAAACCUUGUCGCCGUUCACAACGUGCUCCACGUGUCUAUGCUGCAAAAGUAUACCCCAGACCCUACUCAUGUGAUUGAACAUGAAACCCUUCCUUUUCGGGAAGAUCUAUCCUACGAGGAAAGACUUAGCAGAAUUUUGGCUCAAGACACUAGGCGACUGCGGAAUAAAGUUAUUCCUUUGGUGAAGGUCACUUGGGGUAACCAUCGAGAUGGGGAGGCAACCUGGGAACAGGAAGAUGAUGUUAGGAGAGCCUAUCCCAAACUCAAAGAGAUGCCAACUUUCUGGGAAUAA